GCCCUAGCCCCUCUCUCUUCCCCACCCCUGUGGCUGUGUCUGUCCCAGGGUCUCCAGCCGGUCACCCACCUCCUCCAGUCCUCUCAUCCUUGACUGAACAUCACCUAGGAGCUGAGAGAAAAGAGGCGACAUGUCAGCCGCCGAGCGCUUUGACUGCCAUUACUGCAAAGACUCCCUGCUGGGGAACAAGUAUGUGACGAAGGAGGACACACAGUACUGCACUAAGUGCUAUGAGAGCCUGUUCUCCAACUGCUGUGCCGAAUGCACGGCGCCGAUUGGAUGCAACAGCAAAGACCUCUCCUACAAAGACCGCCACUGGCAUGAGCAGUGCUUCAAUUGUGCCAAGUGCAGCCGCUCUCUGGUGGACAAGGCCUUCGCUGCAAAGGACAACCAGCCACUGUGUACCGAAUGCUACUCCCACGAGUACUCCUCCAAGUGCACCACCUGCAAGAAGACCAUCAUGCCAGGUUCUCGCAAAAUGGAGUACAAGGGGAGCAGCUGGCACGAGACCUGCUUCCAGUGCAACCGGUGCCGGCAGCCAAUAGGAACCAAGUCCUUCAUCCCCAAAGACACCGGUUACUUCUGUGUGCCCUGCUUUGAGAAGCAGUUUGCCUACCAGUGCUGCGCUUGUAAGAAAGCCAUCACUGUAGGCGGGGUGACCUACCAGGAGAAGCCCUGGCACCGGGACUGUUUCCUGUGCAUCGGCUGCAAGAAGCCCCUGUCUGGGAAGCGCUUCACCUCCCGGGAGAACUUCCCCUACUGCCUGGACUGCUUCAGCAACCUCUUCGCCAAGAAGUGUGUGGGCUGCACCAAGGCCAUCACCAGUCUGGCCGGGGCCAAGUACGUCUCCUUCGAGGAGCGCCAGUGGCACAGCGAGUGUUUCACGUGCACGCUGUGCUCCGUGUCUCUGGUGGGGCGGGGCUUCCACACCCAGCGAGACAACAUCCUGUGCGCCGACUGCGGCAGGGAGAAGUGACCGCGUUGACAGGAUGAGGAAAGAGGGUGGUGCGAUCUUGAUCAGAUCACUUAUCAGAAUCAGAAACUGUUUUUCUUCUUAAUCUCCUUCUGUGUUAUCUGUCUCUUUUGCGUACUCUCCCCAAACUAGUCAAGCUCUCAUUGCGAUCGUUGAAGGAAAACACAUUUGAUUGUUAGGAUAGGUCCCUUUCACAGUGGUGCACAUGCCUACUCGUAUGUCACAAGUAAUUGGGAGAAAGCUUUUCAAAAGUGCAGAGAGAGAGAAGCUGAUGUAGUCUUCCAGCCCGAGAUGAAAUAGAAACCCCUGGGUCUCGAUACACAGCCACUUCAUGGGUAAUAGUGAGGUGCUCAAAUUGAUUUCUUCCUCCUCUUACGCUUGUAGCAUAAACAAGCACACCCUUCAUCCCCUUGCCUUGGGAAGGUCUGAAAUGCGUUUCUCUUUAUCGAAGCAAUCUCUAUUCAAGGCCGCACCGCAUUUAUUAGUUAGAUAAAGGAGCCUAUUUAGAUUACCGCAGGAAUUGAAAUGGAGUUUUCUGUAUGCCUCUGUCUUUUAAUCAAUAAAAUGCACACAGUAUGGUCACAGCUAAUUGGCUUCAAUAUCGAUAUGAACAUGUUUCUAUUAGUAUCCUAUUUAGGAGUGAUAGGAAUGCUGUAUUGGGCCCUAUAGAUUAUUAUUAUAAUACAGUGCAAUGAGAAAAAUGUUUUUCCUUUAGUUAGGGUUAGUUAAAAGGCAUUGCCCCUGGCGGUUAAAGUUAAUUUGCAGAACCACAAUUAAGUGUAUUAAAUGUAUCGGUACACAAGGGUUUGAUGUUUUUCUCCCCAGACUGUUUUUAUUUACCCUUUAGAAAAUCAAUUAAAAAGUGAUUUAAA